GAAUUUGAUUUUUUCUUACAUGUAUUGGAUUUUAAUUCUCAUGAAAUUAUGUUUGAAACUAUGAUCUUGAGCGCCGAUCUAAAUGUAGGAAUAAGGUACUCGUGAGAAUGGGACUUGGAAGUUUUAUUCGGCUUAUGUUAGUUACUGAGCAUUUUAACAGUUAAAUUGGACAGUUUUUGCGCUGGCGCUGAGAUGGACAGUGUUUACAGUAGUGAUGAUGAAGAAGAAGAAAUUGAAAUGUAUGAUCACGACUAUGAUGGACCAUUGCCAAAAUCCGGGAAACGACAUUUAGGCAAGACUAGAUGGACACGUGAAGAGGACGAAAAAUUAAAGAAGCUUGUUGAAAACCAUGGCACUGAAGACUGGAAAGUUAUUGCCAGUUUCCUUCCUAAUCGGACAGAUGUGCAGUGCCAACACAGGUGGCAGAAAGUAUUAAAUCCAGAACUUAUUAAGGGUCCUUGGACUAAAGAGGAGGAUCAGAGGGUGAUUGAACUUGUGCAAAAGUACGGCCCCAAACGCUGGUCAGUCAUUGCGAAGCACUUAAAGGGCAGAAUAGGGAAACAGUGCAGAGAACGGUGGCAUAACCACUUGAAUCCAGAGGUGAAAAAGACAUCCUGGACAGAGGAAGAAGACCGAAUUAUUUAUCAAGCACACAAAAAACUGGGAAACAGAUGGGCUGAGAUUGCUAAACUGCUACCUGGGAGGACUGAUAAUGCUAUCAAGAACCACUGGAAUUCCACUAUGCGCCGAAAGGUUGAGCAGGAAGGUUAUCUACAGCACACCCCGAAAACAGGCCCGCCAGCGCUAGCCACAAACUAUACAAAGACCAACCACAUAAUGGGUUUCGCCCAUUCAUCCCCACCCUCUCAGAUACCAGCCACACAGUCCCCAAUAAAUGGAGACUAUCAAUACUACCACAUCCCAGAAACACCGCGGAUUCCUGGUCAGGUGCCCUUUCCUGUGGCUCUGCAUGUCAAUAUACUUAAUGUCCCUCAGCCUGCUACUGCUGCUAUUCAGAGACACUAUAAUGAUGAAGAUCCUGAGAAAGAGAAAAGAAUAAAGGAAUUAGAGUUGCUACUAAUGUCGACUGAGAAUGAACUGAGAGGGCAGCAAGCAUUACCAAGUCAGAUGCCAAACUACUCAGGAUGGAAUGGGGCCACAAUGGCUGAUAGUUCAGGAACUCAUGGGGAUAGUGUUGCCAUUUCCUGUUUAGGAGAGCAGCACCAGCAGGCAGCACCCCCACCGCCCCUGGACCAUGGCUGCCUUCCUGAAGAGAGUGCCUCCUCUGCCCGUAGCAUGGCAGCCACCCAAAAUAAUGUCCUGUCUCCUCUCCCCGAAUACAUAGAUUCAGUAAUUGACUCGGAUCCCUCCACUUGGGCUGAACUCAGCAGUUUUGAACUCCUUGAUGUUGCCGAUGCUUCGCCUUGCAAAUCUCCAUCCGUCAAAUGCACAGAGCUACAGCAAAAAGAAAGCAGUGUAUGCAAGAGUAACGAACACACUAACGCAAACUUAAGCAAAGCCUCACUGUGUCAGGGCUCUCCUGCUUCGCUUGGGUCAUUGUCAGCCUCAAAGUACUGCGUGUCGCCAUCAGUCAGUCUUCGCAAAUGGAAAGGGGAUGUCAGUCACUCGGCCAGUGGUGACAGUAGCAUCUUCACACUAGUAGACUUCAGCUGCUCCACUCCCAAGUGUUCCCCAGUCAAAAGCCUGCCUUUCUCACCUUCGCAGUUUUUCAACACAUCAUCAAGUCAAGAGAAUUUAGACCUUGACAAUCCAACAUUAACCUCCACUCCUGUGUGCACUCCAAAAUCUAUGAUUGCAAAUGCACUACACCGUGAUCAUACUCUUAAACCUCAAAAAGAAAAUGAUGUUUUCAGAACUCCUAACAUCAGACGCUCAAUAAUGGAGACAUCUCCACGAACUCCUACCCCUUUCAAAACAGCACUUGCGCUCCAAGAAAUCAAAUAUGGCCCUUUAAAGAUGUUGCCCCAAAGUCCCCAUCUUGAACAAGACCUGGCAGAAGUUAUCAAACAGGAACCUGAUGAGUCUGAAGUAACAACAGGGAUUCAUCAAGACGAACAGCCAGUAUUAAAAAAGAUUAAACAAGAGGUGGAAUCCCCCUGUGACAGGAGGAGAAGCUUCCUUCAGUGGGAGGGGAACGGCCUUCCUGCGCAGCUUUUCCCUCAGAACAGCUCUGUGGAAGUUACUCCGAAUCUUCUGACAAGUUCAGUGUUAAUGAUGCCAGUGUCUGACAAAAUUGAAGACAACCUGGUAAAAGGGUUUCAUGUCCCUCGAAGAACUCUUGGAAGCCCACUACAGCAACUCAAUGCAUGGGAAGCAGUUGCUUGUGGGAAGACUGAUGAUCAAAUGCUUGUCACAGAGCAGGCCCACAAAUACAUUAACAACUUUUCUACCAGGACUUUAGUCAUGUAAGGGGUUCAAACUAAGCAUUACCAAACAAAACUAAUGGAAAGUCAAAAUUAAAAAAAAAAAACACUCAACACUCCAGGUUGAUUAAGAAUCAACAUUCCCUCUACUUGAAGAUGCUCAUGAUGUCACAGGGAAUCUAUUUGUUGUGGUACAACAGUUGGGAGAGGCACAUUGCAGUUUGUCACUGUGCAUACACUUGUUGGAUUUCAACCAACCAAAGAUUUUUUUUAUGACAAACUUACCUAAAUUUCUAGGUAAAACUAUUUUGUAUCUGUUAAAUGUUUAUUUUAUGGAUAUUAAUAUAAAGAACAACUGCGUAAUUUAUUAUUUGUUCAAAGAUUGUUUUCUUAACAUUGGCAAAACAAGCAGUGUUUCACACCAGUAUUCUGUCUUUUCACCUUGCAUUAGAUGAGAUGUGAGCAGGAAAGAUGCACAGUGUAACAGUAUGUAAAGCCACACGUGGGUUAAAUUAAAUGCACUGAUAGGAGUAUUUUGUCAAAGCAUUAUUACAGACCACUUCACACCAAUCUAGACUGGAAAUAUUUAAAAAUAUUCCAUAUUUUAAUUUUGGUUUAAAACCGCUAUUUUGUGUGUUUGUGUGAGUGUGCUU